AUGCCUCUGCUCCAUGUCCUGCAACAGGCUUCACAAACCUCCGUCCCAGAGCCCCAAGCCCAAGAGACCUGGUCUCCAGAGCCCCAAGCCCAAGAGACCUGGUCACCAGAGCCCAAGAGACCUAGUCACCAGAGCCCAAGAGACCUGGUCACCAGAGCCCCAAGAGACCUGGUCUCCAGAGCCCAAGAGACCUGGUCUCCAGAGCCCCAAGAGACCUGGUCACCAGAGCCCCAAGCCCAAGAGACCUGGUCUCCAGAGCCCCAAGCCCAAGAGACCUGGUCUCCAGAGCCCCAAAGUCCAAGAGACCUGGUCUCCAGAGUCCCAAGCCCAAGAGACCUGGUCACCAGAGCCCAAAAGAACUGGUCACCAGAGCCCCAAGAGACCUGGUCUCCAGAGCCCCAAGCCCAAGAGACCUGGUCACCAGAGCCCCAAGAGACCUGGUCUCCAGAGUCCAAGAGACCUGGUCUCCAGAGUCCAAGAGACCUGGUCUCCAGAGCCCCGAGCCCAAGAGACCUAGUCACCAGAGCCCCAAGCCCAAGAGACCUGGUCACCAGAGCCCAAGAGACCUGGUCACCCCCAAGAGACCUGGUCUCCAGAGUCCAAGAGACCUGGUCUCCAGAGCCCAAGAGACCUAGUCACCAGAGCCCAAGAGACCUGGUCUCCAGAGCCCCAAAUCCAAGAGACCUGGUCUCCAGAGCCCAAGAGAACUGGUCACCAGAGCCCCGAGCCCAAGAGACCUGGUCUCCAGAGCCCAGCCCAAGAGACCUGGUCACCAGAGCCCAAGAGACCUGGUCACCAGAGCCCCAAGCCCAAGAGACCUGGUCUCCAGAGCCCCAAGCCCAAGAGAACUGGUCACCAGAGCCCCAAAUCCAAGAGAUCUGGUCACCAGAGCCCCAUGCCCAAGAGAACUGGUCACCAGACCCGUGCCUCAGGGUCCCUUCCCUUCCACGCACCUUCUAG